UGCCUUUAAGAUGACUGACUUGCUUCUUUGCAUUCUCUGUGUUGCGUCUCCUUUCCUUCCCUCUUUCUGCUACCAGGAUCCAGCAGCAUAAAUCGGGUAACUGCAAGCAUGGAGAACGGAGACAAUGAAGAAACGACCACAAUUAUCGCACCGUCCCCCCUGAAGAGCUUUAAGAAAGCAAAGAAUGAAAACAGCCCCGACGUCCAAAGAAGCAGACCCCGUGCGCCGUGGGAGGAGGAUGGCCCGCAGGGCGGGCUCUACCACUGUCCCAACGACCGCACCCGGUCCCCGAAGUUCCCCUGCACGCGUCGCCGGGCCCCCUCCUGCGGGAGCGACAAUGACCCUGCACAGCCCCUGAGGAGGAGGUCACGCUCACGCUGUAACACGAGCAGCGGCAGUGAGUCAGAAAAUUCUAGCAGAGAACACCGGAAGAAGAGAAACAGGUAAAACACACGUCUGCUGCUUCCCUGGAGCCAUGAUACAGGACGUGCUGUGCGGGAGCCGAGUGUCCCGUGUCU